AUGGCGGCGGCCCAACAAACCAUGCUGACGAAUUUGAUCCCCGAAAUGGACUGGAAUGCUGAUGACCCCGUCAAAACGUUUAAAAAAUUCAAACAAAGGAUCGAACUGGCAUUCAAGACCUUCCUGAAAGACGCCACCGACGAGGAAAAGGUGAGCUACAUACUUUUAUUAGCAGGAGACGAUGGGCUUGAGAUCAGAAAUAGCUGGGAACUAUCUCCAGAACAGGAAAAAGAUCCAAAGAAAAUCCUAGAGAAGUUCGAGAAACACUUAGAACCUAAGACAAAUCACAGGAUUUUCAGAUAUGAGUUCCAAAGCAUGAGGCAAGGGCCCGAAGAAUCCAUCAGUGAUUAUAUGGCAAGGCUGAAAAACGUGGCAGACAAAUGCAACUUCAAAGACAAGACAGAGAAAGACGGGAGACUGCUAGAUCAGAUGAUCUGGGGAUGUGCAUACAAAAAGGUACAGAAGACCCUCAUAGGGAAGCAUGAACUGACCCUUGCGGCAGCCGUAAAGGAAGCCGUACAGCAUGAGUCUACAGAGAAGUGCAUGACAACGUUGACAAUCUCAACUCAAGCUAAAGAAGCAAAAGUCGAUGCCAUCUCUAGCAGAAAGCAUACCCCAAGCUCAAAACAAAAGGCAAGCUACAGGCCUCCACAGAAACAGAGUUCAAACAUCUGUAGAAAUUGUGGUACCGUGCAUGAGUUUAAUGACAAGAAGAAGUGCCCAGCAUAUGGUUCCACUUGUAAUGGUUGCGGAAAGCCAAACCACUGGCGGAAAAUGUGCAGGUCAAAGGGCAAAUCCAAGCCACAAGAAUACAGGGGUUACAGAAAGGCUAAUCCGAAACAUGUGCACUACCAGCAAGAAGAGCAGUACUCCUCAGGAGAAGAAACACUGUCGGUAGGUGCCAUAUAUGUCCACGAAGUGGAGCAUAAGAACGACGCACAAAACAACGAAGCGUAUACAACUUUCCAACUCAAGAAGAAGAUAGGAAAGAAGACAACAAACAUCAAUCUGCGAUUGAAGAUAGAUACAGGGGCUCAAAGCAAUGUCAUGCCGGUAGAACAUUAUCAGCAGAUAUUCCCGGAGAACAUGACAAAAGGUGGGGAAGUCAAAGCAGGAAUCCUCACACCAAGCAGCACCAUAUUAUCAGCGUAUGGUGGGGACAAAAUCCCACACCUGGGGAAGACAACCAUCUCUGGAAAACACAAAGGCCGAGAGGUCAAGUGUACUUUCUUUGUGACCAAAUCCAAGGGACCAAGCAUCCUCGGAUUGGCAGCGUGCCAGCAGCUAGGCAUCAUCACAAUCCAUGAGAUACAAGCUACCCCAGAGGAUGGCAAGAUCAAAGAGACGGUGCCGAUCAAGGACCGCCCUGCCAUCCACAACAAGGAACAACUAAUAAAGAUGUACCCGGAAUGUUUUGAUGACACGGUAGGGUGUUUUGAAGAGGAGUACCACAUCACUGUUGACCCAGACGUAGAACCAGUGAUACAUCCACCUCGCAGAGUGCCACUAGAGCUGCGAGAGAAGCUGAAGAAACAACUGGAAGAGAUGACGAAGAAAGGAGUCAUCAGCGAGGUCACACAGCCAACAGACUGGGUAAACUCCAUAGUAAUAAAGGAGAAACCCAAUGGCAAACUGCGGAUCUGCCUCGAUCCCAGAGACCUGAACUUGGCACUCAAGAGGAACCACUACCCUACACCCACUCUAGAAGAGAUAACACCCUCUCUGGCAGGAGCCAAAGUGUUUAGUAAGCUAGACGCCAGCAACGGGUAUUGGAAUAUCAAAAUAGACGAAGAAUCUUCCUUGCUCACGACCUUCAACACGCCCUAUGGCAGGUUCAAGUUCAACCGCCUCCCGUUCGGGCUCAAGGUCUCGCAGGACGUCUUCCAGAGGAAGAUAGACGAGACGUACAAAGGAUGCAAAGGAGCAAUUGGAAUUGCAGACGACAUCCAGGUGUACGGGAAGACAGACGACGACCACGACUUCCAUCUGCACGAAGCGAUGGAGAAGACCAGGCAAGCUGGCAUCAAACUUAAUGCAUCCAAAUGCAUUAUCAAGGAAAGCGAGUGCAAGUUCUUCGGAAUGGUGUACUCAGCCGAGGGAGUCAAGCCAGACCCCGAGAAAGUGAAGGCGAUACAUGACAUCAAAGAACCUCAGGAUGAGAAGGAACUAAGAAGUCUCUUAGGGCUCAUUCAAUACAUGAGCGCUUUCAUCCCCAAGCUCGCGGACAGAACGACAAACAUCCGUGAACUGCUGAAGGAAGAUGUUGAAUACAAGUGGAGUGAUUCACACACUGAAGACCUGAACAAGAUAAAGCAGCUCAUCAGUGACAAGACAACACUGCAGUACUAUAACAGGGAGAAACCCGUCGUACUACAAGUAGAUGCCUCAAUCAAAGGAGUAGGUGCAGCACUAAUACAAGAUGGAAAACCCAUCGCAUUCGCCUCAAAAGCCCUCUCACCGGCUGAAACAAGAUACGCCAACAUCGAGAGAGAGCUCCUGGCAGUAGUCUAUGGAUGUGAGAAAUUCCACACCUACUUGUACGGAAGAAGCUUCGAAGUCGAGUCGGACCACCGACCCUUGGAACAAAUCAACAAGAAGAACCUCACAAAGGCACCAAACAGGUUACAACGCCUGUUACUGAGACUGCAAAGCUAUGACAUGAGCAUCCGGUACAAACCAGGGAAAGAGAUGCUACUAGCAGACGCACUCUCCAGGCUGUCACAGCACGACAAGCAAGAAAUGGAUGGUCUCAAAGUCAAGAUCCAUCACCUCGUAAAAGUGACAACUGUGAAACUGGAGCAGAUCAAAGAGGAGACCAACAAAGAUGAAGAGCUCCAACUACUCGCCCAGACAGUAACACAAGGAUGGCCUGAGAAAAGAAAAGAGACACAAGCAAUCAUACACGAAUACUGGACCAUCCGAGACGACAUCUCGGUAGAGGAUGGAGUCCUCCUGGCUGGGUCCAGGAUGAUUAUACCCAAGUCCAUGAGAGCAGAGGUCCUAGAGAUGAUUCAUCAAGGACACCUGGGUAUCGAGAAAUGCAUACUCAGAGCAAAAUCUGCAGUCUACUGGCCGGGCAUGUACAAACAAAUCGAGAAAGCAGUUGCAGCAUGCCCCACAUGCCAAAAGCACAAGAACUCGCAACAGAAAGAAGAGAUGAUGCCAACAGAGAUACCAAGCAGACCGUGGCAAACAGUAGGCAUGGAUCUGUUUACCACCAAUGACCAAUGGUUUCUACUCCUGGUAGACUACUACUCCAAAUUCCCAUUUGUAAAGAGUCUCGCCAACCUGAAGGCAUCAACAGUAACAUCCAGCAUACGAGGUAUAUUCGCCGAACAAGGGAUCCCAGCAGAAGUCAUAUGCGACAAUGGGACACAAUUCACAUCCCAAGAGUUCCGGCAGCUGGCUAACGAGUACGGAUUCAAAAUCAAAACAUCAUCACCGCACUACCCAAAGGGGCAUGGAUUUAUAGAAAGACAUGUACAGACGGUGAAGAAAACGCUGAUCAAAUGCAAAGAAUCAAGAUCAGACCCAAACCUAGCCAUGCUAGCCAUCCGCACCACACCGAUCAAGCCAGGUAUGAAAUCGCCAGCGGAGCUGUUAAACGGACGGAAGUAUAAAGACAUCUUGCCGACCAAAAUACCUCCACCACUUGACCAGGAAGAAGUUACAAGGGCCAAGCUGGGAAAGGCACAGCAAGCAGCGAAACAGCACUACGACACCCAGGCAAAGAGUCUGCCUGAGCUGGCCAAGGGCCAGAGCAUCCACGUACAGGAUCCUAUCCGAAAAACGUGGAGCCCCGGCAAAGUCAUCGAUAAAGCUACAACACCGAGAUCAUCUGUUGUAGAGACCAACGCCGGGAGACGACUGAGAAGAAACAGAGUACACAUACGACCAACUCCAGAAGUGAAAGCACCUGCAGCUACAACUCCAGAAACAACACCUGCAGCCACCACACGCAACGACACCGAGUACGACAAAGCCGACAUCCGCGACAACGCCGAGUACGACAAAGUCAACGAGAACGAGCCUAGUGAAGAGCCAGUUCGAGCGCUCAACGUCGUCGCACAACCACCCUCACCUGUCCAGUUGACACACAGAUUCUUCAACCCGCAGCACGUGUACAACACCGUGCAGGGCGGGCUGGAUUCCAUCGUGCGCGGACUGGCCAGCACGCCGCAUGAGAAGUUCGACCGCUUCAUCGUAAGCGGCUUGACCAAGAACCUGUUCGCGGAUCCGGCCGGCUCUCUCGGCCUGGACCUUGCGGCGCUGAACAUCCAGCGGGGCCUCGACCACGGCCUGCCCGGGUAUAACGCCUGGCGGGUUCCGACACACGAGACUGGUGCAAGGGUCUAG